AUGGCCUCGCCCGCCAGCGUGAGGGUCUCGGGCCCUCCGAAUAGUAGUUUCCUCGUCGGCUAUCCCGGUAUCUCGGCGACCCUGCCGCGCAUCGAAGGCAAGGUCGAGAUCCGCCCCGGCCAGGGCUUCUCCAUGCCCGUUCCAAUAUCCCUCGUCCGAAUAUGCCUGCAGCGCCGCGAGACCAUCCACCCCGACGCCGACAGCCUCACCAAGCGACACCUGGGCACUCCCCGCCGAGAGACGACCGAUGUCGUUGGCAAGGAGCUUCUGCUCUUCCGCUGCGCAUCAGGCAAGGAGGCAGAAAAGGUCAUCGCCAUGGACCUGCCCUUUGUCCUGUUUAUCCCCUUCGGCCGCGGUGGAGAGGAAACAAACCGACGAAUCCCCCCAGCCUCACUCCAACUUCCCAGCCGAACCGCCGAAACCUAUUACGAGCUCGUCGUCACCAUCCAACAAGGCCAUAGCAGCCAAUACAAGUACAGCUUCCCCAUGCCCCUACAACGUUACGACACACUCUCCACCUUUGGCAUGUACAACAAGCCCGAAUCCAAGCUCGUCACCAACGACAACAUUGUCCACCUCGGAAUCAACCUCCCCCGCUGGAGUUACGGCCCGAGCGAUCCUAUCACCGUCUAUAUUAAACUAUCUCCCAACGCCGACUGGAUGAGCAAAGCCAAGCGUGUCACCAUUGACAAAAUCACACUUACCAUCGAAGAGGAAAUAACCUUUAACCCCGAGGGCGACGAGCCAACGAAAAAGACGAAUAAAAUCUCCAAACAAGUGCAAGUCGUCAAAACUAAAAUGCCCGAGGCUGGCUACGCCACAAACGUCGGCCUUUGCUUCCCCUCUAAGGACCUCCGAGAUCCGGAUGGCAUCAUCAAGCGAGGAAAGCCUCAGUUCCCCCUCUACGAAGUCACGUCAUUCACAACUACCUCUACCCUCUACAAGAUCGAGUUCUACCUCAACAUCAAGGUUCAACUCAGCGGUGCUCGAGACGUCAAUCUCCGCCAACCCAUCGUUAUCUGCCCACUCGACCAACAAGGCUGCAAGGAGGAAAUGGACGCCAUUGAACAAUCCGCCAAGGACGCCUCACAUGUGGAUCCUAACAACCCCAUGUUGCCAGCACGCACUAUCAUACUCGCCAACGAUCGAGACUCAUUACGCGCCCUCGGCCUUUGCAUGGUGGGCGGUCAGAAAAAGCCAUUUAUCGAAUGA